UCGCAUACAAAACCGAAGCCACUCUGGCGGCUGUUCCAAAUGCAGAUGUUGUUGUGCCAGAAGCCGAGGGCUCGACUCAUCCACCCAGACAAUGCAUGGUCAAGUCCUGUCUUGCCGGGCGUGUCAGGGUCGUCACACUCGGCGCAGGACUCGCAUAUACUCCUGCAUCCGAUCAAGUCGUUCACCAUACGGUGCGGCCAAUCGCUCCUGCUCGAAUCUUUUGGCAACUUAGGACCGUCUUGCCACGCCUGUUCUUAUGUGUCGUUGUGCAACAGGAGCGUACUGUAAAACGUUUUUCCAUCAAUGAUUUGGGGUAGUUAUCUGGCUUGUGAAAUACCGUGCUUUUGAUACUCAACAAAUCUAUCCUGAGUAUACUCUGGGUAGUAUUCUUCCAUCUCGCGCAGUAUGUCGAAGAUAGCUUUG